AUGGGCUCGCGAUUACUACAGUUUCAAUCGUAUGGCAAAUGGUUCAUGCUAUUGUCGCUCGCAACAGCAAUUUGUCUCCUACACUUACCCAGUUAUUCAUGUACGUAUUCGAGAGAUCUACCUAUUUGUACGCCACAAGUCUCUUUCCAGUUAACCAAUACCACGCCAACAGCCACGCUAUUUUUAAGCACCGUGAAAGAAGUCUCCAUGCUACUCUCUUAUGUGGCGAUAGAUCUAGGUUGGAAUGUCAAUUUCCCCAAGCCCAAUGACUAUGACACCUCCAAUUUGGUUAACACUUUUGACCCAUCGAAUAAAUACCACGUCAAUCUAUUCGGCUACUGCAAAUGGCAGCCCCUGUCAAACAAGGCUACGUGGUACUGCAUGGACAACCCCAACGGUUUGGACAUAAUAUCCAUGAUAGUCCGAGAUCUAGGUGCACAGCUUGGUGUGCUUUCACACACUAACACCAAGAUCCUUAGUGAUUCCCUCUGGAUAUUGUACCGGUCGAUCUUCGAUUCCUUCUACAAGUUUGUGCACGAUGAUGACUACCGGGCCGACAAGGUCGCCAGCUUCCUCCAAAGCCUCCAGCAGGGUGGGCCCCUGCCUAGCGUUGACCAGUUCAAGACGGUCACUCUUCUCCUCAAGUGCUUUGAAAAGCUCACAAAUGCCAUUCAGGUCACUGAACUUUGCUCUUUUGCAUUGAUUAUUAUCGCCAUAGCGCUGGCCACCGUCGCAUGCGUGAUGGAUAUUCUCGCUGCUCGCGAAGAAAAGCAUUCCGCCACCUCUGACAAGCUGCCGAAAGCAUUGUUUUUUAAGCAGAUUACGCUCAAGCUUUCCUAUGCCGUAGUCACCUGCAGCUUGUUUUAUCAAAUUGGCAUGGCCGUCUACUUCCUCGCGCUUUUCAGCAUUCGUUACCCAUACGACUACAAAGUUAAGGUGAUGACCUUCAACCCCGACACCGGAUACUGGCUAUCCGUUCUACGGUUUGUCAUGGAGUUUUGGUUUGCAGUGGCAUGCUAUAUUGGCCUAAGUCUGUCGCGACGCAGACCCAGCAAAGAAGUCGACGAUCUUGACUGGAAGGAUGAGGAGCAAACCCCCGACAGCGGAGAAACUGCUAUUUGCGUGUCUACACGCGGCUCUACUCGCAUCCAAGUUUAG